AGGAUUGCAGUGAAAGCAGCAAAGUACAUGGAAACUACACUGCAAAUGAUCCAACAGGAUGUUCACGAAACUCAUAACUGUGCUCUCAAUGUAUCAGAUAUGCUAACACAAUGUGACAUGGAUAAUGUUGCACGAAGCACAGGGUGUGAAACUAUACUUCUGACCCCUGUCUGUGCUAAUGACUGCUGGUCAAAUCAAUUCAGGACCUUCACCUCUGUAUGCAACAACAGGAAGAAUCCUCACUGGGGAGCCUCCAACACAGCGCUUGCCCGAUGGCUUCCCGCUCGCUAUGAGGAUGGGAUUUCACUUCCACUGGGCUGGACUCCAAACAGAUUACAUUCUGGAUUUCCUGUACCGUUGGUUCGACAGGUAUCUAACACAAUCUUGAGAAUUCCCAAUAUGGAGGUAACCUCAGAUAUAGAGUUAAGUCAUUUGUUUAUGCAGUGGGGUCAGUGGAUCGAUCACGAUAUGAGUUUAAGCCCUCUGGCUGGCAGUAUCGAAACAUUCGAUGGUGGCAUUGACUGUGAAAGCACUUGCAUUCAGAGAGAUCCCUGUUUUCCAAUUAAGAUACCUCCUAAUGACACCAGAAGAGGAAGUGACAGAGAAUGCAUGCCCUUCUUCCAAUCGGCUCCUGCUUGUGGUAGCGGUAAUCAAGGCACGAAACCUAGAGAUCCACACACUCGUCAGCAGAUUAACUCUAUCACUAGUUUCCUGGACAUGAAUGAACUCUACGGCAGUACCGACUGUCUGGCCAACAGCCUCAGAAAUCAAACCAAUGAGCUAGGUCUGAUGGCUGUGAACCAGGAGUUCUCUGACAAUGGGCGAGAAUAUCUGCCAUUUAGCACCAUUUUAAAUAACUCCUGUGGCAGCAUUGGAGAAGGCUGUGACAAUGGCCCAGAAAAUACUCCAUGUUUUAUUGCUGGUGAUGUACGUGUGAAUGAACAACUGGGACUGUUGUCUUUCCACACAAUGUUUCUGCGGGAGCACAAUCGCAUUGCACGAGAGCUGAAGACUAUGAACCAGCAUUGGAAUGGUGAUAGGAUAUAUCAUGAAACAAGAAAAAUCUUAGGAGCUUUUCAGCAGAUUAUUAAUCACCGAGACUAUGUUCCCCGGGUAAUUGGACCAGAAGCAACAGCAAGAUAUCUCCCAGAAUACAAAGGCUACGAUGAGUCUGUCAAUCCCAGUAUCGCCAACGUUUUCUCAUCAGCAUUCCGUUUUGGGCACCUUACUGUUCAGCCGUUUCUGUUUCGUCUUGAUGAAAACUUCCAGGAUCACCCACAGUUCCCGAGUCUGCCUCUCCACCAAGUCUUCCUCGUACCCUGGAGAAUGAUAAGGGAAGGUGGUGCCGAUCCAAUUGUUCGAGGACUGAUUGGCAAUCCUUCAAAAUUGCAAAAGCAAACCAUGAUGAUGACAGAUGAACUGCGGGAGAAGCUCUUUGAGAUGGUUAAUCAUUUAGGGCUGGACCUGGGGUUUCUGAAUAUGCAACGUUCCCGUGAUCAUGGAAUAGCAGGCUACAAUGCAUGGAGAAAAUUCUGUAGUCUUUCACAGCCCAAGAACAAGGCUGAACUGUCUGACGUGCUCAGGAAUUCAGAACUUGCCGAAAAAUUCACUGAACUGUAUGGGACUCCUGACAACAUUGACAUCUGGAUAGGAGCAAUCUCUGAACCAUUUGUGGAAGGAGGGAGAGUCGGCCCUUUGUUAGCCUGCCUGUUAGGACAGCAGUUCCAGAAACUGAGAGAUGGAGACAGGUUCUGGUGGGAAAACGAAGGAGUGUUUACUCAGAAGCAGCGCCAGGCUCUUGCUAAAAUCUCCUUAUCCAGAAUAAUCUGUGAUAACACUGGGAUUCAGCAGCUCCCUGAGAAUGCAUUUCAACACAACUUCUUUCCAGAAGGAUACGUACAAUGCAACAGAAUACCAACAGUGAACCUGGAGGACUGGAAGGAGAGGCCAGAACCCAAUUGUGGCAAAAUCCCCAAGGUGCCCAAAGCCUCUUUCUCGAUAUGCGAUUCUUCAGUGAAAUAUACUUGUGAGCGCGGUUUCAGUAUGGAGGGAAGUGAUACGAUAGACUGUAUGAGGAACAAAAAAUGGAAUCGUAAACCACCUCGCUGUUCAGACUCCAAGGGAUUCCAAGGAAAAGGAAUGAAAGAUAGCGGAAAAGGAAAAGGAAUGGAAGAUAACGGAAAAGGAAAAGGAAUGGAAGAUAACGGAAAAGGAAAAGGAAUGGAAGAUAACGGAAAAGGAAAAGGAAUGAAAGAUAAUAGAAAAGGAAUGAAAAAUAAAGGAAGAAGGAACUAA